AUGCAGACUAUUCCUGCUCGUGGAGAGAAUCAAUCGGACUCUGCACAAGGAUCUCCAGCUGCGGUCCCUGAUAUUCCCGCCCAGUCGAGAGCUUUGGUGACGUUUCCUGUCCCAAAGUUGCUUAAUGUGAGGAAACUACCAAUCAGGAAGUCAGCCUGCAAAGCGGCCGAUUUGGGUUUGGGGUUGGCGGAUUCAUCCAUUACAUCAUCAGCCCCCGAGCCUAUUUCGGUCGCAGUGGCCUCGGCGGCUACUCUGCUCCAAGCUGCGAUCUCCGUCCUUCCGGCGUUCACCGCUGAAGAGGCUCGUGUGAGCCCGGAGAAGGAAGCGGCCAUUGGUGCAGAUGAAGCAGGCGCGAGUGACCAGAGUUCCAUGUUGCAACUUGAGGGAGCCAAGAUUCUACCAGUACUUAUCUGUGCAUUCACCUGGUUGGCUAAUGUGCUCCUUUAUGUUUUGGAACGCGCCAAGUAUGAUCCUGCCAAGCUACUGGAGUUGGAGCAAUCCAAGGUUCAGCAAGCACAAGAGAACCAAAUCCUGAAACAGCAAGUGGCAGAACUUGCAAAGGACAAGUCAUUGCAAGAAAAGAAUAAGUCAAUCACAAAGAAGCAUAAGGAUGAGAUGGAGAAAUUCGACAAAAUGCUGAGAGAUGCUGACAAGCAGCUAGCCGAGUCCCUUCUGCAAAUCAAGAAUAUGACUGAGGAGAAGGAUCUCCGUGAGAAGGAGCUCGACGAGCUGAAGGUUGUUGCGCAGGCUCUGGUGGAUAUGGUAGAUCCACCCGAAGAGAGUACUCAAGCUGACAAGACUCUGCUGGAGCGACUGCAAUGUGCUCCGCAGAAGAUCAUGAGGUACCUCUCGGAUACCACCCGUGGUUACGUGUCUCACGUGCUCGGGUUGGUAAAGUCUUAUUGGCCAAAGGCGAAUCCCGUUCUACUUGGGGAAAGCAUAUCUGUUGACUAUUCAGAAGAGAAUUUCACUACCUUUGUGGAAGAGAUGAAGCCAAUAGCUGAUAAGAUUGUGGAUGCCUUAGAACAGGAACCAACCGAGGAGCCGUGAGCCAGACAUCCAGACAUUUAAACUUGUGAAGUCUAUGUGUUGAUACAUUAUGACUUGUAUUGUAGUAUUCUGUGGAUACUUGGAACGAGCCGGUAAUGACACUGUAAUGUUCGCUCGUUUGUAUAUAUCCUUUGCUUUUUCACUCAAGUGACCUUUCUGUAGUGAGCAGCCGAUAUGCGGGAAUACUAAGUAGGUAUAAGGUUCACGACCAUUUGGUCAAUAAUGCUAAA